AUGGAGCAGCCGAUGAAGCCAAUCCUGGGGUCAGUGGUGGCUGGCCGCUUGAAGAAGGGGAUGGUCGUGGAGAGGCCGUGUGAUCUCAUGCAACCCACGUGCACCCAGUGCGUGAAGGCCGGCCUCAAGUGCACGGGGCACGACACUCGACGCGUCUUCGUUGUAAUCACGCCCGGGUGCCGGCAAGCAGGAUACAGGGCCCGUGCCGGGGCCCGGACGCUCGGCAUCACCGACCCCAGCCUCCUGGCACGGCCCGAGGAUGAGAGGAGCAUCAUCAACCUGUCUCGGGAGGCCUUCUAUCCCGCUGGACGUCCUCUCCCCGCCAGCGCCGUCAGGAGCUACACCUGUACUUGGGCUGAGACCGUCCGCAAGAUACGCCAUGGCGGCGUCGAGCGGAUGUUCAGGGAACCGUCGACGCUUUAUAGGAAAGCAUCGUGUGCCCUCUCCCCGCCGGGAAAUGAGCGGCAGCUCGCCCACGAAGCCCCGCGGCCUCACCAUGCUGGCGAGCAUGCUGGCGAGCUGGCCUUGUUCAUCACGAGAACCCCAGCAGCACACCUCGACGGCGAUGCACACCACAUGUUCGCGGAUGAAAGAAUGGAGCUACACCUGACGCUGAGUAAUUCAGAGUGGAAAACCACCCCCUGGGCAGCAAUCCCCAAGAACUUCAAGGACAUCCCCGUCGACGUCCUGGUCGACAUGCGCGGGCUCGUCCAAACCUAUGACAAGAUACAGUCUUGCACCGAGGCAAGCGAGCAGGCAACUCAUGACCUGGGCUCGCUCGCUACGCGCGACCCCGCCUCCGCCACGCGUCAUGCCCGUCCCGAGGAGUCGCGACAGCUGCCCGCCGAUCCGGCAGACCUAGUUACCCACGUGGCCCAAGUGCAUGGCAUGAUCUUGUUUUGGACCACCUCCCUCGUGCUGGACAGCAUUCCCCGGGUCGUCUCGGGACCGCAGGCCAAACCCCCCGAGCCCGCAAAUCCGGCGCAGCAUGUCCGCCGGGUCGUCGAUGCCAUCCCCAUCCUCCUCCGCUCCGACGCGGAACUGUAUGGACAACAAAGCGCGGCGGUCCCACUUGAGGUUGCUCUGAACUACACCACUGCCUUUGGCUCCUUGUCACACGAGAGCGGCGAGCUUGUCGAAGCUUUGAAAAGCCUGAAAGAGGAAUGCUCAGGAAGCUCAGCAAUGGCAUCUUAACCACAGAAUUUGAUUGAGGGACGGCUAUUUUGGUACAUGUAGUUAUAUCAUUGCCCAAUGGCUGUACCGAGUUACCCCUGACUGUGAUCAGCCGCUGGUAGUUUUCCGCUCGCCUAAAACGGUCGUAAGGAAACAAUCAACCUCCGGCUUCUACGGGACCUUCUAGCAUUGCCUGCAUUCCCUGAGUGAGCCUCACCGUUUGCCCCUUCUG